UCCUGGCGUCGCCCAGAGGGAGCGGCUGAGCGAACAGAGUCCAACGCGGGCGGCGGCGGGCGGCGAGGGGAGCCGCUACGAGGGCCCUCGCUCCCCGCCGCUUUCCAUGAUCCCUGUGGAGUAACCGGCGCCUCCAGCAGGAGCUGCGCCUCCAUGAAUCCCUAGUUGGGUUUUUUCUUUCUCUCCCCGCUCCUCACCCGCCCCCCCCCUCCGCCGCCGGCGGCCGUGUUCAGGUGCGGAGUCCAGAGCAAUGGCGUCCAACCCCGAGCGGGGGGAGAUUCUGCUCACGGAGCUGCAGGGGAAUUCCAGAACGCUUCCACUUUCUGAGAAUGUCAGUGCUGUUCAGAAAUUAGACUUUUCAGAUACAAUGGUGCAACAGAAAUUGGAUGAUAUCAAGGAUCGAAUCAAGAGAGAAAUAAGGAAAGAACUGAAAAUCAAAGAAGGAGCUGAAAAUCUAAGGAAAGUCACAACAGAUAAAAAAAGUUUGGCUUAUGUAGACAACAUUUUGAAAAAAUCAAAUAAGAAGUUAGAAGAAUUACAUCACAAGCUACAGGAAUUGAAUGCACAUAUUGUUGUAUCAGAUACAGAAGAUGUUACAGAUUGUCCAAGGACUCCAGAUACUCCAAAUAAUGACCCUCGUUGUUCUGCUAGCAACAAUAGAUUGAUGGCCUUACAAAAACAACUAGAUAUAGAACUUAAAGUAAAACAAGGUGCAGAAAAUAUGAUACAGAUGUAUUCAAAUGGUUCUUCAAAGGAUCGGAAACUCCAUGGUACUGCUCAGCAGCUGCUCCAGGACAGCAAGACAAAAAUAGAAGUCAUACGAAUGCAGAUUCUUCAGGCAGUCCAGACCAAUGAAUUGGCUUUUGAUAAUGCAAAACCUGUGAUAAGCCCUCUUGAACUUCGAAUGGAAGAAUUAAGGCAUCAUUUUAGGAUAGAGUUUGCAGUAGCAGAAGGUGCAAAGAAUGUAAUGAAAUUACUUGGCUCAGGAAAAGUAACAGACAGAAAAGCACUUUCGGAAGCUCAAGCAAGAUUUAAUGAAUCAAGUCAAAAGUUGGAUCUUCUAAAGUAUUCAUUAGAGCAAAGAUUAAAUGAACUUCCCAAGAAUCAUCCCAAAAGCAGUAUUAUUAUUGAGGAGCUUUCACUCGUUACAUCACCGACCCUAAGUCCACGGCAAAGUAUGAUAUCUACACAAAACCAAUAUAGUACACUGUCCAAACCUGCAGCAUUAACGGGUACUUUAGAAGUUCGUCUCAUGGGCUGUCAAGAUAUCCUAGAGAACGUCCCUGGACGGUCAAAGGCAGCAUCAGUUGCACUACCUGGCUGGAGUCCAAGUGAAACCAGAUCAUCUUUCAUGAGCAGAACAAGUAAAAGUAAAAGUGGAAGUAGUCGAAAUCUUCUAAAAACCGAUGACUUGUCCAAUGAUGUCUGUGCUGUUUUGAAGCUAGAUAAUACUGUGGUUGGUCAAACUAGCUGGAAACCUAUUUCCAAUCAGUCAUGGGACCAAAAGUUUACACUGGAACUAGACAGGUCACGUGAACUGGAAAUUUCAGUUUAUUGGCGUGAUUGGCGAUCUCUGUGUGCUGUAAAAUUUCUGAGGUUAGAAGAUUUUUUAGACAACCAACGGCAUGGCAUGUGUCUCUAUUUGGAACCACAGGGUACUUUAUUUGCAGAGGUUACCUUUUUUAAUCCAGUUAUUGAAAGAAGACCAAAACUCCAAAGACAAAAGAAAAUUUUUUCCAAACAGCAAGGCAAAACAUUUCUUAGAGCUCCUCAAAUGAAUAUUAAUAUUGCCACUUGGGGAAGACUCGUGAGAAGAGCUAUUCCUACAGUAAAUCAUUCUGGAACCUUCAGCCCUCAAGCUCCUGUGCCCACUACAGUGCCAGUGGUUGAUGUUCGCAUGCCUGAGCUUGCGCCAUCAGCUAGUGAUUCUCCAGUAACCAAAUUGGACUUUGAUCUUGAGCCUGAACCUCCUCCAGCCCCACCACGUGCUUCUUCCCUUGGAGAUACAGAUGAAUCUUCUGAAUUAAGAGUUUUGGAUACAUCUGGACAGGAUCCAGAAACUGUAUUUGAUACUGAGAAUGACAGAGAUACUAUACUUCCAAAAUCACAACCUGAAUAUGAAUCUGAUAUUCCUGAUUCAGGGAUGGGAUAUAGUGGUAUUCGAGAACUUGAGGAUAGAAGAUCUCAGCAGAGAUUUCAGUUUAAUCUACAAGAUUUCAGAUGUUGUGCUGUCUUGGGUAGAGGACAUUUUGGAAAGGUGCUUUUGGCUGAAUAUAAACACACAAAUGAGAUGUUUGCUAUAAAAGCUUUAAAGAAAGGAGACAUUGUGGCUCGAGAUGAAGUAGACAGCCUGAUGUGUGAAAAAAGAAUUUUUGAAACUGUGAAUAGUGUAAGGCAUCCCUUUUUGGUGAACCUUUUUGCAUGUUUCCAAACCAAAGAGCAUGUUUGCUUUGUAAUGGAAUAUGCUGCCGGUGGGGACCUAAUGAUGCACAUUCAUACUGAUGUCUUUUCUGAACCAAGAGCUGUAUUUUAUGCUGCAUGUGUAGUUCUUGGGUUGCAAUAUUUACAUGAACACAAAAUUGUUUAUAGAGAUUUGAAAUUGGAUAACUUAUUACUAGACACAGAAGGCUUUGUGAAAAUUGCUGAUUUUGGUCUUUGCAAAGAAGGAAUGGGAUAUGGAGAUAGAACAAGCACCUUUUGUGGCACUCCUGAAUUUCUUGCCCCAGAAGUAUUAACAGAAACAUCGUAUACAAGGGCUGUAGAUUGGUGGGGCCUUGGAGUGCUUAUAUAUGAAAUGCUCGUUGGUGAGUCUCCCUUUCCUGGUGAUGAUGAAGAGGAGGUUUUUGACAGUAUUGUAAAUGAUGAAGUAAGGUACCCAAGGUUCUUAUCGACAGAGGCCAUUUCCAUAAUGAGAAGGCUGUUAAGAAGAAAUCCUGAGCGACGCCUUGGAGCUGGCGAGAAAGACGCAGAGGACGUAAAGAAGCAUCCAUUUUUCCGGCUAAUUGAUUGGAGUGCUUUGAUGGACAAAAAAGUAAAGCCACCAUUUGUCCCUACCAUUAGAGGACGGGAGGAUGUUAGUAAUUUUGAUGAUGAAUUUACCUCAGAAGCACCUAUUCUGACUCCACCUCGAGAACCAAGGAUACUUUCCGAAGAGGAGCAAGAAAUGUUCAGAGACUUUGACUACAUCGCUGAUUGGUGUUAAUGUACUAGAUAACUGUGAAACCGAGCAGACCGACUCACAAGAAGACCUCUUAAAAAUAGCAAUUCUUCAUUUGCUCUCUGUGCCACCAAUAGCUUCUGAGUUUUUUUUUUUUAACACAUGAAGAUUUCUCUAAAAAAGUACUCUUAUUUUAUCUUUGGUACCAGGGCUUGAACUUAGGACCUUGCACUUGCAAGGCAGGUGUGGUGCCACUGAGCUAAAUCCCCGGCAGAAGUACUCUAUUUUAAUACCUUCUUGAAAAGUGGCUUCUCAGUGUUUUGUUUUGUUUUGUUUUGGUACCAGGGAUCGAACUCAGGUCCUUGUACUUGCAAGGCAGGCACUAGAACCACUGAGCUAAAUCCCCAGCCCACUUCUCAAUGUUUUUGAACGUAAAUUUGAGCACUGGAAACAGUCUCAUGGAGUUUAGGCUGAAUGAACAUUGGCCAUGAAAACCCAUCCCAAAGGAAUACUUUUGGAUCAAUAGUUUUGGGGUUUUUUUUUUAAAUAACAAGAAAAAGAACCACUCUUUUAUCGUCCCUGUCUUUGUCAUAAUGCCUGCCUUAAAUGGAAGGAAAAUUAAUCAUUUAACUAUGUUUCACAAAAGCAGAAAACUAGAGCUUGGAAUGCUAUUACUUUUCACAUAAACUAUGAUUCUGUUUGACUAAGGCAACUGCUCUUAUUUUUUAAAGAAAUGACUAUAAUAUCAAAAAAUGUAGUGGCAUUUUAUACACCUUUGGUGGCUUGAUUUUUUUAAAAAAUACAAUGAAUCGAUGUCUUCUUUUAUAAAUUUUCUGUAUUUAUCUGAAGAAAACUUUAUUGCCUUAUCUUUACCAACCAUGUAACAGAACCUCAUAGCUUUCCAGCGGAGCUAUUUGCCAAACAAUUUGUUUAUUAAUGCUGAAAUAGGAACAUCAGCAUUUACUUCAGAUGUUAAGCCUGAGGACUUCUAAUCAGCCUGAACCAAGAUACUGUGUUACCUAUAUGCAUUCCCGAAGUCUAGACACCCAGUGUGCUCAGUCAUCUUCCAGAGUCAGUGAGCUGAUCGUCCCUUUUUUGAUAUGUAUUUUACAUUUAUCAACCUAGUUCAUUUGUUCUUCUGUCUGCUGUAGAAGCGAACUGUAUCUUUGUUAAAUCAUAGGGGUUAUCAUUGUAUACAUGCUGUGAACAUGUAUAUGUGAAAGGUGUAAUGUAUUCUGUAAUGUAGGCUUUUUAUUUAAUUUCACCACUUCAUCACUUUUAUACAGUGGCCAAGCAGACACCUCAAACUCCAGCAUUUAUAUUAAGUGCAUUUGUAUAUUUUAGGCCACUGGAUCCAGAUUUUAUAUUGGCAGUUAUUGAGGGCAAAAGCAAUAUAUUAUAACAGAAUGUAUAAAUAUUUUUGAUAAAACAGUAUAUUUUAUUAAAAAAUUAUUAUAACACUAAAGCUGUACCUCAGAAGUCUGAAAAAUAAUUUGAUCAAAUACUUUUUACAAUUCUUCAAGAGGAUCCGUUGUGGCUUUUUGUACUCUUACAGUAUAUGUUUUGCAAAUCAUGACUUUCCAUUUGCUUGGAGUUUUUGUUUUACUUUGUUUUUACAUUUUUCCCCUCCUAGUCCAUGACUUGUUUUCUCUUUAGUAAUAUCUUUGAUCCUGUGCUUAGCAUGUUAGGGUCAUUAUACCUCAGGAAUAACAAGUUGUUAACUAACCAUGCUGAAUUAACCAUUUAAUCACAGUGAGCUCAUCUCUUAAAAAUUAUUCAAGUUUAAAUCUUAUAAAAAUAAGAGUAGUUUGUGGAGUUGAGCGAAAGCAUUUAUAAAUAUUGCAGCGUUGUGAAGAUUGUGUUGACGUGUUUUUAUUGUACUCUGAGAACAAUUAAAACUGUUCAAAAACAAUUCAUAUUACCUUUAAAAUUAUUACCCAAGAUCCUUUGGAAGAAAAUCUUGUAAAAAGAAGAAUAAUGUGUUAUUUAAAUUUAUUUUUAAAUGCCAGUUAAACUUCCUUGGGAAAAGAUAGUAGGAGACCUAAGCAUAAUUUUCUAGUUUUAAUUUAAACAUCAUUAACAGCAUUAAAAUAAAACACUAAAUGCUUUUGAGGUACAGUCUGCUCACCUAUCUGGUUCUCAAAUAUGCCUAGAAAGCAAUGUCUAAAAUGGGCUUUUAGCAUUUUAAAAACUGACAUAGCAUUUUAUAACUACACGGUGUACAGAAAUUUUUUAAUUGAAGUCAAUCACUAAAAAAUUAGAGGGCAGGGUAUAUUCACACAAUUAAGCUGAAGAAAGCACUAAUUUUUUCUGUAGUUUAAAGUAUAUAUAUAUAUAUAUAUUUUAGUCAGAUUAAAAAUUUUAAGAUUGUAAAUAUAUUUUGCUAUUACUGUAUGUGUAUGUGACUGCUCAAGCACUUUGUAAGGCAAUUAGGAUAUUUUAGAAUGGUACACUAUGCAUUCAAAUGAAAUGUGCCUAUUUGUCAUUCUGAGAAGUGUUUUUUGCAGUCAUAAAUUACCACAAAUGCA